ACAGUAAGGUUGUGUUAUUCUGCAUACAGCAUGAUUGUGUAGGGGCCGUUCGGAUUCGAUUCCGCUCCAUUCCAUCAUUCUGUGCGGUGUUGUGCUUCAGUGCAGUAGUGCGGACACUUGCUUGCUCUCCGCCAGCUCACUUGUGGAUCAAUCAUUGGGUACUCUGAGGAUCAUCAAAGUGGUAUUGAAAGGAAUAUUGUCGAACGGAAAGCACUCCAAAAGUGGAUAAGUAGGCAAGAAGUGUGAGGUGUUUGUGUUUUUGGUGCAACGUCGUGCUCGUGCAGUUGUCGAGGAUUCCGACGAGAGGCUAGAGGCAGGUUGUUGAAGAACUGUAAUCCAACCGAGAUUAUCGGAUAUUUUUUCCGCGGCGCGAUCGUACAGUCAAAAACCGGGCGUAUAUGUGUGAUCAGGCUAAACCUCGGAAGAAAAAGGAAAAGUUCCAGUACAACAAAUCGAUCAUGGCAGCUACCAGUGUUGUGGUUCUGGAUCGGGGUAAUAAUACGACUUGCACCAUCAAUUUGCAUGGUGCAACUGUGGUAUCCUGGCGCGUCAACAAUCAAGAGCAACUCUUUGUAAGCAAACUGGCUGUAUUCGAUGGGAAAAAGGCGAUACGAGGAGGCAUACCCUUUGUUUUUCCACAAUUCGGCGCUUGGAACUUUGGACCUCAGCAUGGCUUUGCACGGGUGGUACGGUGGACACUGGAACGAGCACCCGAACGCUUACCAAGUGGUGAUGUCGAAGCAGUCUUCAGCCUAAUGGAUAAUGAAAUCACGCGAUCCAUGUGGAAUUACCCAUUCCGUAUAACCUAUCGGUUAAUUCUUCGAGAAAAGGAACUGCAUUUCCACAUCGGCGUGUACAAUCCUAGCAAAGAACUCACAUUCUCCUUCAAUCUACUACUGCACACUUACUUGAAGGUUCCAGAUGUUCGGCGGUGUCAAAUCACCGGAUUACACGGGUGUACUUUUAUAGAUAAGACUAGGGAUGGUGCUAUUUACCAAGAAGGUCGUGAUGUAGUGACAAUCAAUGAAUGGACGGACAGAAUCUACCAGCAUACACCACAGGAGCACAUUAUUACCAAUGUUGUGUCCGGACGAAAAAUGCGGUUGCAGAAGUAUAAUUUUCCCGAUACUGUCGUUUGGAAUCCCUGGAUGGACAAAGCCCGCGAGUGUCAAGAUUUUGGUGAUGAUGAAUACCCGAACAUGGUUUGUGUCGAGGCUGGGCACGUGUCCACCCCAGUGAUCCUACUGCCCGGCACCGCCUUUGAGGCGAGUCAAAUUCUUCAGGUCAUGUGAGUAGAAACCCAGGGAGGUACUGUCACCCGCAGUAAAGGUUCCUCCCGAGCAAAAUCCAAGAAAAACCAGCAACAGCAGCAGCAACAACAGAGUCAACAACAAAAUCAAAAUCAGAGUAAUCAAAGUAACCCACAAAAUCAAAGUACUCAUCAGCAGAGUCAGCAGCAACAACAGCAGCAGCAGCACCAGCAACAGCAACAACAGCAGCAGCAGCAACAACAACAGCAACAGCAAGCAACUUUACAGCAACAUCAGCAGCAGCUUGCAUCGAAUGCUGCAGCUCUAUGGCAAGUCCCAGCAGCUGCCGCAGCGGCGGCCGCCUGUUGGAACAACUAUGCCAACUUCCAAAGUGCUGGUGUGCUGGCAUUCAAAAUGCCACCGUCCUGUGGGGGUCUCUGUGGUCCCCAGAACAACUGUGAGCUGUGUUCUUUGAACUCUAACUGAGUGAAGCUGCAAACUAAUAGUUUUUUAGGUGAAUUAUCCGACGGAAGGGAUUAAUGUGAAUAAAAACUGCUGGUUGAUUGUAGUACUAGAAUCGAUAACAUCCUACAUUGAGUUUUUUAUUCUUAAUGCAAACUAGUACUAUUUCUCACAAAAAACAAGGAUUUUGCUCAAGAAAAUGCAAAACAAGGGUAUAAUGUUUAAGUUAAACAAACAAAAAUUAAAUCGAAUCAAAAGAGUGCCGCUAGUAGCGGGAAUAAGCGAAUGUUCGAGCCAGAAUGAAAUAGCAAAUGAAUGAAUUAAACUAGCUGCUAACGUAACUACCAUAUGUGUAUAGGGAUACGAAAUGGGACAAUUCUAUUGCGCAAUCAUCUGUUGGUUGUACAGCUAGGUUUAAGUUUUUCGCAGCAGAGGCGCGGGAAGACAACGGGAUUAAGUGAAGCUACCAAGUAGAUAGUUUUUCUUUAAUUUUUUGCAAGAUGUUAGUAAAACAUUUUGCAUAACAGGGAAUGUGACAACAACUAGGAUUACGUAUUUUUAGCUUACUUUACCAAGGUUUUAUAAUAUUUCUUUAUCUGUUCUAUAAUUUAAUAAUUGCUUUCUUUCGGUCGCAAAGCGACAUUUAAUGUUAUCGUAUACGGAUACAUAUUAGCAGAGGUUGUAAUUAGGAAGAAAAUACAAAUUGGCUAUAUGUAAUACGCGUAUUAAUUUUCUGGAAGGUAGUAAAAUAUGGAAAACUGGACUGUAGUUAGUGCUGUCGAUAAGAAGGGUGACACUUCAUACUAUUCUAGAAACAUUUCUCAGCUAGCAAUUUCAAUGGCAAUUCAGCUGAAACACACUAAAUAUUGAGCAUUCGGCCAUUUUUAGGGAUAAGUCGUAAAACAAAUUCAAAAAUUAUAUCGUUGUGGCAGAGUUUAGGAAAUUUAAAUUUUAGGAUAACACGAAAAUCUUGAAAAUGGUGAUCAAUAGCAGUGCUUAACGUUGUGGUAGAAAGAAAAUAUUUAACUUUUACAAUAACGUUUUAGUUGAAGACAGAUUUCGAAACUGCCAUAUCGCUUUAUUAUUUUGUUGAAAGGUUAACAUUCUUUUCUGAAAAAAAGAACUGUUGAUUUCAUUUGUUAAAAUCUAUUUCCAUUUACAUUACCUACUUUUCUUCGGACUACUUUUAUAGAUUCAAAUUUAACUCAACACACUUGUAUACGAACACCUUCCGUAGUGUAAAUACGAAAACAACUUUUAACGAUGAUAAAACUGAAAUAUUGAUAGGCACAUGUAACCUUAUUUUCGUCUGGCAUUUUAUUUUUUACAAUAAAUUUUGAUACAUCUA